AUGAAAUCCUUCACAACCCUUGCUGUGAGUCUCCUGGCCUCUUUCUCCGUCACCAGCGCCGCUCCAAUCGAUGCCGAAGUCGACGCACCUACAUCGGAGCUUGUCGUCCGACAGAUUGGCGGAGGCCCAGGCCGAUCAGAGGUCGGCACCAGCUGGAGCCGCACAUGGCCGGAUACCAAAAUCAAGCAACCCUUCAACUUCGACGCCAUCCCUCGCGGAGGUUGCGCGUACGAUGUAGUCUUCCAGCGGGACCCGCAGGAUACGAAAUAUGAGCUGGCGUAUUAUUCCUUGUUUGGCGAGGGAGAAGUUGAGACUCAAGAGGAGAAGAUUCCCAAAGUCCUGCAGUAUCAAGGCGCCAUUGAUGCCCAAGGUUUUCAAACGUACUAUGCUUACAUCGAGGAUGCUUGCUCGACCUUUUUCACUGCGCGUCCGCCGCCGCGGCGUCUGAAGGUGUACUUCACCCCGAAGAGAGGACAAGGUACCAGGGGUUAUAUCUCUCCUAAAUUCUACUAG